AUGCAGUUCACUAUGCUUAAGUACGCAGUCGUUGCACUGGCCACUCAUGGCAGCGGCGUACUUUCUCAGUUGACGCCUGCGAAUGUUGUAACCAACCUCAACACGCUCACCGCUAAAUCCCGGGCCCUCCAAGCACCUGCCAAGGACAUCACCCUCGUCAACGGCCCUUUGAUCCUUAUUGGUCAGGGUCCUUUCCCGGCAAUUAUUCAGGGAUUUACCGACAUCGUCAGUACCACGACUAAUGCCAUUACGUCGAUGCAGGGCAUGGCUCCCGUUUCUGCUGGUGCCGAUUCUGACAGUAUCUUCAAUGCGUUCCGCGAUUUCGUCCGCGUACACCAAGCGCUUCUCAACAUUCUCAUUGGCAAAGCUGGCUUGCUUAACACUGUCCCUUUUGCUGGACAGCCGAUUGCAGCUGUCCUGAGGCAAGUCGAGGCUGUCGUAGAUACGGUAGCCUUCACUCUUAUCGACAUGGUGCAGAGCAGAGCAGCCGACCUCACAGCUGAGGCCAAUAGCCUCGAUCAAAGCCUUGACACGGCGAUCAAGAGCUACCAAGGUGUCACCCAGGGUGCUGUUUGA